UCAAAUGUUAAUUUAUUUGUAUUUAAAUAGACAAAUUGAUUCAGUGAAUAAAGUUAAACUUAUUUAUAGAUAUUUAUUAAUAUAUAAUUAUAGCAAAACAAACUUAUAUUCGGUAGGAAUAAAAUAAAUAAAGCAUAAUGAAGCAAAGUAUCAAGUGGUUACACUUCUGGAUGGCAUUUUUGUUAUCUACAUUAGAGUUUGGUCUAGUGUUUUCAUUCGCAGCUCUAUUUUCUGCUAUACGUGAUACGUUCGAAACAGACAGACCGACGACAGCUACCGUGCAGUCCUUGUUGAUGGGCGUGGCGUCAUGUUUUUGCGCAGUUAGCGGAGUACUAAUCAACAAGUGAGGGUUACCUGUUGUGUUUCUACUGUCUAGUAUUUGUGUGUCUUCAGGAUUUGCAUUGUCAUUCUUCAUUACAGAAAUUUGGCAUCUUUUUGCUACAAUUAGCGUUCUAGCAGGUGUUGGAAUUUCAAUGAUCUACGUUAGUACUAUAACACUUACCAGUGCUAUUUUCAGUGGGACACAAAAAUCUCUAUGUAUUGCUAUACAAGGAGCAUGUGUUCCCUUGGCUGGCUUAUUUUAUCCUUAUCUGUUAGAUCUAUUGGUUUCGACAUAUGGCUUAAGAGGGACAUUUUCAGUUCUUAGUGGAGUGUUUUGUAAUUCGUUUGCAUUUUCUUUAAUGGUAUGGUUACACCGUAGUGACCUGAACUUGCAUACUGUUAAAAGAAAUAUUGGUACAGAACAAGAACAUCAAUGUGAUAGUGAAACAUCAACGAAAGGAAAACUGUUUACAAAUUUGAAAAACUUCAUCAAAGAUUUGAUGACAAAACGUUUCAUUUGCCUUCUUGUUGCCACUGCCAUAUCAGUCUCAACAUCAAAUGGAUUCCUAGAUUUUGUUUUUGACAUAUCUCAUUGGAAAGGAUUUAAUAACUCUGAAGCAAAGAUGUCUUUUGUUGCUUAUAAUAUCUGUGGUGUAAUUUUCUGUGUUACUCCUGGACUAAUUAAACAGAUAUCAGAUAUUGACACAUACUUUUAUCCAUUUGGACUCGCAGUUAUUGCAUUUAUAGGCAGCAUUACAAUUUGGUAUGCAAGUUCGUUUGCUGUGUAUACAAUUGGACUAGCAUGUAUGAGCGCGGUGCCUGGACUUCUGUCGUCUGCUUUCAUGAUUUGUGCAAAUCUUGCACGUCUUGAACAGGUUAGCGUUGCUAUAGGAAUGUUUGAUACUCUCAUUGGUUUCUUGUCAGCUGGAAUAGGGCCGAUAUACGGUGUUAUUAGGGACAAAACCGGCCACUACAAUGCCGUUUUUCUAAUAUUUGCCGUGGCACAAGGAAUUGCUUCUCUUUUGUUUAUUGGGGAUAUCAUUUCAAGGAAGUUGAAGCUACCGGUACAUAAAGACAUUGAUGGCAUUGACAAUAGAGUUAAUGACGAGUGUUAGAUACAUUGUAUGAAAAUCUAAAUGACGUAAAGAAAGUUAAACAUGACAUUGACAAAGUAAUAAUCUGUAUUUGUUAUUAAAUUUAUUCGAGGCAAAAUCUUAUUUUGUUACCUGAUUUACAAAAGCUUAUAAUCAUAAUUAUAUAUAUAAAAAAAACAACUUGAAGAUUUAUAAAAAAACUACGGUUAGUAAAUAGUGAUCUCCACUUUCGAAAUUGUUAUAUAGACCUUUUUACAAUACCAUAAUCCAACAGCAAUGCAAAACGCAGUGAUGCAAAAGUUAGAAGUGAAUAAUUUGAAAAUUAUUAAAAUAAUAUGUAAAUGCA